UCUCUCUUCAACUCUCUUGGCUGUCAUUUCUCCAUGUAGCAAUUUCUCAACAAUGACACAUAUACAUAUAUAAACAUAUAUCUUAUAGGAUACUUUUAUAUGACCCUUAAUUAGUAUUGGAACGAAAUAGUCUCAGCCUCAACCGAAGCAGUACUAAUCGGAGCUCGAUAAAGUCAGUAUAGCUUUUGCUCAAGUAGUACUCAUUAAAUAUCAGUAACAUAUACGAGACCAACCCCAUAAUGGAUUCUUCGGCAAACGACAUCGAUAAUCGACGACCGCUGCUUGAACCGGCCGUCGUUCAUGAAUACGACUCGCCAGUGCCAGUUAUUUUGUCGUCCUCGUUCGGAAAAGGGCACCACGAAUCGAGCGGCGAACUCGAAGCAAUACUCUCCAACACCAACGUCUCAUUCGUUGAGCGUUUUUGGCCUGCUUUAAAGAUCGAGCUCCGGCUACUCUUCUUCCUCGCCGCUCCGGCCGUCAUCGUCUACAUGAUUAACUAUCUCAUGUCUAUGUCGACACAAAUCUUCUCCGGCCACCUCGGAAACUUAGAACUCGCCGCCGCCUCUCUCGGCAACAACGGCGUCCAAAUCUUCGCCUAUGGCCUUAUGUUGGGCAUGGGAAGCGCAGUUGAGACACUAUGCGGACAAGCCUUUGGAGCACAGAAGUACGGAAUGUUAGGAGUGUAUCUACAGAGAUCAACCAUACUCCUCACCCUCACCGGAAUACUCCUCACUUUCGUCUACAUCUUCUCGAAGCCUUUCCUCGUCUUCCUCGGCGAGUCGGAGAGAAUCGCAUCGGCGGCGGCUCUGUUCAUCUACGGUCUGAUUCCUCAGAUAUUUGCGUACGCCGUAAACUUCCCAAUCCAGAAGUUUCUGCAGGCGCAGAGCAUCGUGGCACCGAGUGCGUACAUCUCAGCCGCCACGCUGGUGGUCCACGUUAUACUCACCUGGGUGGCGGUGUACAAGAUAGGACUGGGUUUGUUGGGCGCUUCUCUGGUGCUGAGUCUGUCGUGGUGGAUCAUUGUGGUGGCCCAGUUCAUUUAUAUCGUCAAGAGCGAGCGGUGUAAGGAGACUUGGGCCGGGUUUAGUGUCGAAGCGUUUUCCGGGUUGCCCAAGUUUUUCAAGCUAUCGGCGGCUUCGGCCGUGAUGCUUUGCCUGGAAGCUUGGUAUUUUCAGAUUCUGGUUCUUCUUGCUGGCCUGCUCGAGAACCCAGAAUUGGCUCUCGAUUCACUCUCCAUUUGCACAACUAUCUCCGGAUGGGUAUUCAUGAUCUCAGUCGGGUUCAAUGCAGCAGCAAGCGUGAGAGUGAGUAACGAGCUGGGAGCAGGGAAUCCAAAGGCAGCAGCGUUUUCAGUGAUAGUGGUGACAGUGAUCUCAUUCAUCAUCUCAGUGAUUGCGGCCAUAGCAGUGCUUGCCUUACGCGACGUCAUUAGCUACGCCUUUACUGACGGUGAAACGGUGGCCGCUGCUGUUUCUGAUCUCUGCCCACUUCUCUCCCUCACUCUUCUCCUCAACGGAGUUCAACCCGUUUUGUCAGGGGUUGCUGUUGGCUGCGGAUGGCAAACUUUAGUUGCAUAUAUAAAUGUAGGCAGUUACUACGUGGUUGGAGUACCUUUAGGCUCGCUUUUAGGAUUUUACUUCAAGCUGGGUGCUAAGGGAAUAUGGCUCGGAAUGAUUGGAGGAACUGUCAUUCAAACAUUAAUACUGUUGUGGAUAACUUUUCGGACCGACUGGAACAGAGAGGUGGAAGAAUCGCUCAAGAGGUUGAACAAAUGGGAUGAUCAGACCAAUAAGAAACAGAUUUUGAACACAUGAAUGAAUGAUGAUUAUCAUUACAAGUUGUCGCAAUAUUUAACUAUAUUGAACAUAUUAAUUUUUUUCA